AUAUGUACUAUGUGCUUAUAGAGACAUCAUUUGUGUUUGUAUGUAUCCAUUGGGUGGCUCUUAAAUACCUUCAUCAUCCUUGUUAAUUCUCAAGCGCAUCUUUUUAUUCUUUUUCUUGUAUUUCCAAUUUUUAAUUCAAUUUUCUGCCUUAUCCUCCUUUUUUUUCUUGAAAUUUCCUAAAAAGUUUGAGUCUUUUUAGGGGUUUCUUCUGGGUUUUCCAACCCCACCUCAUCUAUCUCAUGCUUUAGCAAUUUGCUUGCUUAAGCCAUAUUAUACCAUCUCUUUGAAUAUUAUAUUUCCAUUUGGGACUCUAAUUUUGGGUUAGUUAUGGCCUUAGUUGAUGCUUUUCUGGAGAUUUUGAGCAGGCCUGCAAUUGGGGAAGUCAUGGUGGGGAUUUUUGUGUUUAUGGGUCCUGUUUGGGUUGCUUUUCUUCUUGGGCUUGUGGUUGGUUGGGCGUGGAAACCCAGGUGGGCUUGCUCACUUGUUGCCAAGUUUCAAUCUUUUGCUCCUGCUUUGCUUUCUCCUUCCAUGGAUCUGGCCUCUGAUUUGAUGCAAGUUCAGACCAGAAGUGUUGACUCUUCUGUUAUGGAGGUUGGUUCAAAGAAAGAACAGCUAAUUAAGUUGAAAUACAAGGAGGAUUCCACUUUGAGAUCCCCACAUACUGAAGAGGAUGAUGGCCUUGCUGUGACUGAAGCAGAUUUUGAGCAUCUAUCCCAGCUAGUGGAUAGAAGAGACGGUGGACUCCCUUGGAGACAUAUGAUGGAUCGUUCAACCAAUGAUAUGAGCUACCAAGCAUGGAUUAGGGAACCAGAGAUUGGUCCUCCUCAAUAUUGUAGCAGAACUGUGUAUGAGAAUGCCACACCUGAAAUGCUGAGAGACUUCUUUUGGGAUGAUGAGUUCCGACUCAAGUGGGAUGACAUGAUUCUUCAUGCUGAAACAUUGGAAGAAUGCCCUACAACAGGAACGAUGACUGUGCACUGGAUACGGAAAUUUCCUUUCUUCUGUAGCGAUAGAGAAUACAUCAUUGGACGUCGAAUAUGGGAAUCAGGAAGAUCAUAUUACUGCGUGACGAAGGGAGUUCCAAACUCAUCUGUUGCUAGACGGCAAAAACCAAGACGGGUGGACCUGUACUACUCAAGCUGGUUGAUAAAAGCAGUUGAAUCAAGGAAAGGAGAUGGUCAACUGACUGCAUGCGAAGUGAUACUUUUCCAUCAUGAAGAUAUGGGAAUUCCAUGGGAAAUUGCAAAAUUUGGAGUGAAGCAGGGGAUGUGGGGAGCAGUCAGGAAGAUUGAACGUGGUUUCCGAGCCUACCAAAAGGAAAGAGCGUCUGAACAACCACUUACUCGAUGUGCCUUUAUGGCUCAAAUCAACACUAAAAUUGAUCCCUGCCACCUAAAAUCCUUGGAAACUGAUGAAAAUCUAGAAGCGACUGAGGUAGUCAAGUCACCUGAGAAGCAAGCCGGUAUGAAUCUGCCAAAGCUUAUAGUAUUUGGUGGUGCUGUUGCUCUAGCUUGUAGUCUCGACCGGGGCCUCUUGACUAAAGCGGUUAUAUUUAGUGCUGCCAGAAGGUUUGGAAACAUCGGAAAGGGAGCAUUUCCUAGAACAUAGUUGCGACCCCAGAAACUGGAGCCUCUGUUUUACUCUUUUCUCAUCUGGUUCGGGACACAGCCUUUUAUGGCCACCCCUUCCAAAAAGUAGUGCAUCACACCUCUUUUGAAGUAUACUUAAAUGUAAAGGCCAAUUAGGCAUAGUUAAAUUAGAUUUAUUUUUGACAGAUUGCAACAAUUUCUAUAAUGAGAAAUAGAAUUUACAUA